GAGAGAGAGAGAGAGAGCAAACAUGAAGCAUGUUUUUUUGCUUCUCCAUCGCAGAACAAAAGGCAAAAUUUGCAGUAUUAGGAGACACAGAAAUGACAGGCUUGGAUGCAGCAGCAGUGGAGGGAUUCAGAACCUUGACUGAGACUAAAGCUUGGGACUAUAUUGUAGUAUGGAAGUAUGGCGAUGAUCCUACAAGGUAGGUUUAUCGAGUGGAUGGACUGCUGUUGUGUUGGAGGAUAUCGUGGAAGCAACGAGGUGAAGACCGAAGAGGAAUGUAGACUGAAUCGAAGAUGUAGAGAUACUCACUAUCAGCAUCCAGUGAGAACGAAGGCUUGUGAGGCUCUUGCUCAGCUUCCUUAUACAAUGCCACUCUAUUCUGGUGUUCAUGGAGAUGUGGCAAUAUCAAAACAACCUCAGUGGCUUACCCAGGAUUCAACUGGAACUCAAGUUUUGGUUCCUAUUACUGGUGGCAUUAUAGAGCUCUUCACAUCAGAGAUUGUAGCAAAAGAUUCAAGGAUAAUAGAAUUGAUAACUGCACGUUGCUGUCUCUCUAUGAUGAUCAAGGAAGCCAUCUCUGAACAUCCACCAUUGGAUGCAUACCGUCCACAAAGCUUAAUUUCUAGCUUACAUGCAUCUGCAGGAGAGCAGUGCAGGUCUCAUCCAAGCAUUGAAGGAUCCUCCAGUGGAUCAAAUCCUUCCAAUGAAACUUCAAAAGAGCACCAAAGAGGUUUGGAUUUCCAGUGUGGUGGCACUCUAGAAGAUAAACCAGACCUGGUCAACAGACCUUAUGGGGAAGGCUAUACAUCUAAAAAUCUUGUCACAGAGAGGAAUAGGAGGAGCAGGAUCAAAGAUGGGCUAUAUGCUCUACGAGCUUUGGUCCCAAAGAUAAGCAAGAUGGAUAGGGCAUCCAUUGUUGCAGAUGCCAUUGAUUAUAUAAAGGAGCUGCAGGGACAAGAAAAAGGACUUAGAGAUGAGAUGACAGCUUCGGAAGGAGAGGAUCAUGAAAGGAACAAACCACAGUCCAGGAGGCCAAUAGUGAAGGAACAAGGAGGGACUAGAAGUUCCUCUAAUUGCACAAAAAGGACCCAGACGGAGGUGCAGGUUGAAGUGAACCAGAUUGGGAAGAGAGAAUUUCUUGUGAAGAUACACUGUGAGAAGAAGAGAGGAGGGUUUGCUAAAUUGAUGGAGGCUAUUCAUUUGUUUGGACUUCAGGUAACUAAUGCUAAUGUGAACACAGUUGGUGAAAAAGUCAUGAACAUUCUGACUGUUAAGGCAAACAAGCUUGAUGUUCACCCAGACAAACUUAGAGAGUAUUUAACAAAGCAAGCUGGUUCUCAGGAAAGAGGAGCUGAUGUUGAGCUCAAGAAAGCUUAGAGAUCCUUUAAGCAAUUGUCAAUGCCUCUUGCAUGAAAGUUUCAGCUAGUUAACAACUAGUUAGUUAUGUGUAAAUCACCAUACAUACUGUAGUUAAAUGAAAAAAGUUGAGAUCGAAGCGUGUAUAGUAUAUCAACAUUUUAUUGUGGUGGCAAC